AUGGCUGAUGGAGUUGUGCUCUACAACAAACCCAGGAAGACUGGCGUUUGGAGAGCAUUGCCGCUCAAGGGAGUCUGCAAACACCUCCGCUUUAUCCUUGUCCAGGACGACUUUGAUGCCAUCAUGAACAAGGUGCGGAUAGCGCAUACGCCUCCCUCGGAUAGACCUUAUGACUUUCCAGGUCCGACGAGGAUGGAGUUCGGCCUCUGCUAUGAACUCCUGGAACGAGGAGCUCCGGAGUUCAAGCAGGCAGGCCCGGACCUCACGGCUCAGGGCGUUGUACCGGGCCUUGAUGAAGGGGUCCCGAGUACGCUGCCAAAGUUUCCUGCUACGGUUUUUCUUCCUGAUGAGGGUGACAACCUCGCCAGGAAGACUAUGCUGCUUGCAGAUGUUAGGAGUUCAAAAUCCUGCACCGCAAAUCGGUGGUUUCCAUUAAAUAACGGAAUUGCAACCAGUUGGUUUUCCUCUUACGAGGCUCCCACUGGCAACAAUUCUCGUUAA